AUGAAAGCCCCGAGCCACUUCCCAUUGCCCCUCAACAUUGGCACCGACAUUUGCCAGGUCUCGCGCAUCUUCCGUCUCCUGACGGGGCCCCGCGGCACGCGCUUCCUCCACCGCGUGCUGACGCCCGAGGAGCGCGCCGCCGCCUCGGCCACGCAGCUGCGGCCGCUGCCGGCGCCGGCGGGCCCUCUCGACGGCGGCUUCGAGGCGCUGCGCGCAAACUAUCCAGAGUGGUGGCAACGCUCGACAUUUGUGGCGGGACGUGCCGAUGCGGACUUCCUCCGGGGUUCCAGGGCGAAACAGAAACAGGCUCCUGGGUGA